AUGCAAGCUCUACCCAACCUGCUCUGGCUCAGAAGCUUCGAAGCCUCCAGCCGAUUGGGCAGCUUCACCGCUGCCGGCAACGAGCUCGGACUGACCCAGGCAGCCGUCAGCAAUCACAUCAGCGCACUGGAACAACAACUUGGCCAUCAGCUCUUUGAACGAACCACGCGCAAGGUGGAUCUGACAGCAAGCGGGCGUGCCUAUCUGCCCGCCGUCAGAAAGGCGCUCCAGGACCUGGCCGUCUCGACGGAGGGACUGUUCGGCAACCGCAGCUCAGGAUCGGUCACAAUCCGCGCACCGAUCUCCGAAGGGACGUUGAUCAUUGGCCCCGCCCUCGCCGAUUUUCAGCAGGAGCAUCCGGGGGUCACUGUCAGACUGCUCUCCGCUAUCUGGGCCGACACGGUUUUGGAAACAGGGAUCGAUAUCGAAAUCCGGCUUGGGUCGGGCAACUGGCCUGGCGUUCGCAGCGAAUCUCUCGGAUCGGAGUUCAUUGUGCCGGUGUGCCAUCCCGCUCUCGCGAAGAAACUCAAGAAGCCGAAAGACCUGACUGACGUUGCCCGUAUUCACACGCUCGGUUUUGACGACCAUUGGGCAAGGUAUUUUGAAGCGCUCGGUCUCGAUACACCACGCCUGUCCACCAGCAUCACUGUUGACACUUCCCUCGCGGCAGUGGAAUGGGCAUCCUCGCAAGGCGGCGUUGCCUUGCUGCUUGAGCGUGUUGCCUCGAGGCUGGUCUCAAAUGGACGCCUGACCAUCCCGUUUGAGACGAAAAUUCCAUCCACCCAGACACACUUUCUUCUGCACCGGGAAGCUUCGGGGCCUCAGAAACCGGCGGCACAGACGGUUGAGGUGUGGCUGAGACAGCUGUUUGCGACCCCCGAAUAG